AUGAAGGGAAAUAAUCCAACCCCUUCCAUUAAUUCUCUUGUUCUCCCCAUUGCUAAAGGCAACGGGAAUAAGAGGAAGGUUGGUCGUAAAGCCAAAUGGAAGAAUAAGGCCCAAUCUGGGUCAUCCAGCAAUGGCCUAAAGGCGAGGCCCAACUCAGACAUUCCAACUAUUAGUGACCCCAAAAUGGCCACUUGUUACUAUUGUAAUGACAAGGGCCAUUGGAAGAGGAGUCGCCCCAAGUACCUACAAGACAUCGAGGAUGGCAAAGGACUAAAAGAAAGUGAGGAGGUAGAGCAUGGUAGGAUGAAUCUGAUCAUGGGAAAUAGGCAAUCUUCUCUUGUUACCAAGAUUAGGACUUAUCAGCUUGUGCUUAAUUGA